UCGAUCGUGACGAUCAUCUGUUUAGUAGGGUCCUGAGUCGCGACAGAGACAACGAUCUCUUUUGUGAGAGAGAGAGAGAGAGGGAGAGAGGGAGAGAGAGAGAGCAUUGGAAUGGGUUACGUGCAAGAAGCGAGAGAAAAUCAUGUGAAGAAAAAAGUGGAAGAAGCUUUACGCAGCAAAAUGAAGCAAAAGGCUCUUAAAGAAUGUGAUCAAUACACGUCGAAGUAUGCCGAAUGUGCUGUGGGAAGAACUAUAUCCGUUGUUUGGCAUUGUCGGAAACAAGCAAAAGAGUUGAAUGACUGUCUCCAUCAAUACACCAACGACUCAAUCUUGGAAGAAAUGAAGAAAAACUACAUGCUCCAACAGGACAACAAAAGCGCUGAUAAGAUUUAAGCUCAUUGAGCUCCUCCAACAAUCUGUAAUAUUGGGGGAACAUCUAAAGGAAUGCUAGUUCUGAAAGCCCCAUCUUCAAACACUGAAGACAAGUGCACAGCAUGUGGUGCCACAACAUGUGUCUUCACAUAUGCAUAUUAAAUGUCAGCCAUUGGUUAUCACUUCUAACCAUCUAUUUCUUUGUACAUACAUGUGCGGCCCACCUGCCAAAAUGGGCUGGAGGAUUUUACGAUAAGGAUCUGUCUCUGUGGGGAUCACCCACGAACAUUAUUCUUGUUGGUUCAUGCACACAUGCUGUCUGGUGCAUUUGUUUUUGGUUCUUGAAGAUAAUCCGAUCUACCUCCCAGAUUUUGCAUAUCCAAAGAAUACCUU